UUUAAAAUCAUAUACAAAGACAAACAAAUUUAGUCAGACAUUCAUUCCAUCGUAGGCCGCCAAAUCACCCAGACACGCGGGACACAUAUAUUGGGACUGUAACAUCUGGACAAGAAAAUUGCCGCAUUGUAUGUACGAGAUGAUGCAACGAUCUCGCAUCCUGCUCUUCAGCGCAGAUUUGAUCACCAUUGGCGGACGACAUUAUUAGAAAUGGUAGUGCAGUUUUGGGCAUCAACUAAAUUCAAAUAUUUUCAUUGUUGUACUACUUUGUAUCUUCACCAAAGCACAAGAAGCCUCUUCAAAGCCACAGUGGAAAAUAAGCAUUUUUCUCCAACAGUUCUACAAAAGAAAAAUCUCUUGUUGGUUAAAGAAUCUCCAUACUGCAAUAAAGGUGGAUACAUGAAAUAUUGGAGGGAAAAAGAUGCACUGUUCAAAGUUGCCUGCAAAUAUCUGGGACAUCAGGUCCUUAUAAGGAAGGCUUUUGGGGGGAAGGAAUUAACAAAGAUUAAUACUAUUGCUGAUGCUUACAGAAUAUGGAUAUGGAAACUGACGACUUCUAGCUCUGUGAACUCAAAAGAUCAUUCUAAAGGAUGGCAUUAUAGAAGCAUUCAGAAGCUUGUUUUAUGUCUAAAUAUAGCACGCAACAAAGGUCAGGUGUUGAUGAGUUUGCCAAUACUUUUUUGGAGCAUGGCAUUGGAAGAUCAAGUGUAUAGCAUGCCGGGGUCCCAUAUUAAGGAUAACAACUCUAUGCCAAAUCUUCAAAGUCUUAUUGAUGUGGCAGUUGAGUGUCUGCUAAUGGUAUUCAGGGCUCUGUAUUUGCUUCUUCUUUUUGCACCAUCCAUUGUUAUUGCAAUAUUUGCAGAUGAAUCAAAUAUUCAAAUUCGCUCUUUUUGGUUGGGUAUAGUUUUGAAAACAAUCGAAAAUGCAGGUCCAGCCUUCAUUAAAUGGGGACAAUGGGCUGCAACUCGCCCAGAUAUUUUUCCAUCUGAUAUCUGUAAUGAACUUUCCAAGCUACAUUUUGAGGCACCUGCACACAGUUUUGCAGAGACACAAAAAAUUGUGAAUAAGGCAUUUGGUUUACCAAUUCAAGAUAUAUUUGAGGAGUUUUCAGAUAAGCCAGUUGCAUCUGGUAGCAUUGCACAGGUUUAUCGGGCAGUGUUAAAGAAGGAGAUGUCUCAAGAAGGAGAGGCUAUCACUGUAGCUGUUAAGGUACGCCAUCCACAUGUACGAAAAAUGGUUGCUAGGGAUUUUAAAAUAAUUAAAUUUCUGGCAAAGACUUCCAUGAUUAUGCCUGGCUUGAAGCAUUUGCAGCUUGACAAGACUGUGCAUCACUUUGCAACGUACAUGACAAAGCAGGUAGAUCUGACACUUGAGGCUGCUCAUUUGACAAGGUUCAAAUACAAUUUUCAGACGUGGAAAAAUAUUGUCUUUCCUGAACCAAUUUAUCCUUUUGUACAUCCUGAAAUCUUAGUGGAGACUUUUGAGGAGGGGCAUAGCAUCAUACAGUGUACCCAUGAAACAUCCAAUUCACAUUUACGAUCAUAUCUUGCAGCACUAGGAACAAGGCUAUUCUUGAAAAUGUUAUUGGUGGAUAACUUUAUCCAUGGGGAUCUACAUCCAGGUAACAUAUUUGUACGUUCAGAUGGUGUGCACCCUCAAAUAGUUGUUUUGGAUGUUGGUAUGGCUAUAGAGUUGAGUCAAAGAAGUCGUUCACUACUAUUUGAGCUCUUCAAGGCUGCAUCAUUUCGAGAUGGGAAAACAGUUGCGAAGUGCACGUUGGAGCUCUCAAGGGAGCAAAGCUGUUCUAAUAAAAAUCAAUUUAUAAGAGAUGUAGAUGAAAAGUUCAAGAAGUACCUAUCAGUGAGAGGUUCUGCAAAGAAUACUGGAGAGUGCAUGACAGAUCUAUUUGAUGAAGUUCGACGGCACCAUGUAAAUAUCGAUGGGGAUGUCUGCACUGUGAUGGUUACAAGUCUCGUUCAUGAGGGCUGGCAAAGAAAGCUCGACCCAGAGCUAGAUAUUCUGGAUAUACUUCAUAAACAACUAGCAAAAGAUGAAUACUCAAAGUUAUUCAGGAACUUUAUGAUGGGAGUUGUUGCACUGUAACUUCAUUAGCAUCCUUUUUGAUUUGAUGUUAGAAAGUCUCUAAAAUCCAUUAUCAUAUAUGUGAUUAUGGAUGCAUUGAGUGAGUUUGCAUGCAUGAUCACCAUGACACUACAUGACUUUAACAGUGUAGAAAGGUAAUGGGGAGUUAUGUACCGAAAUAUGGAAAGACAUGUCCAUGACUUUCUUGUGAUACUCUAUAUUGUAUUAUGACAGAAAAUUUAUGCCAGUGAGCAUAAUACAAUUUAUUUUCAAUUCGUUUUA